AUGUCACCCGAAGAAGCAACGAAUGCAGCCAUGGAAGAAGAGCUGAUGGACCAAGACGAUCAGAGCGUCGCUCCGGAGACCACCCCGCCCAACGGCGUCAAGAAACGAUGGCGCCGGAAUCGCGUCGCUUGCGAUGCCUGCCAUACUCGUCGCGUGAGGUGUGAUCGCGCUUUCCCGUGCUCUAGAUGCGUCGCAAGCCAGACACAGUGCGAGCUCACACGAGAGAGACGCAAAAGAGGCCGCAUACCUCGUAAUGACUCGUCGCGGAGAGAGCAUGCCUUUGCGCGCGAGGCAACGGGCAUACCUGAUGACAAGAAAACCUUCACCGGAAGAAGGUCGACCACCACACAGCAGACCGACUUUAUCAGCAUGGUUACGGAUCCUAUACCUACCGAACAAAUGCGCCAGCCUGCCAAUUUCCCUCGUUCUGCCCCUACGUCGCCCGAUCAUGUGCUGCAUGCGUCUGCUCAGGGCAGCGGCGAACGCUUGUCUCGUCGAGAUACAAUACAACCAUCUCCGAGAGAAACAGUGGGAGGAGGAGAUAGAGCGGUUGAAGACUGGAUGUCUGGCUCAAAUGGAUUCCCUCAAGGGCCAUAUCCUUAUCCAAUGUUUGGAAACAUGGCAUUCUCGGAUGGAUUCUUUGAUAUCCCAUUCGGAAUGAUGGGCUUGAACAAUCUUAAUGGGUAUCAACUAUCGAGAUCGGCGUCACGACAACAACGGAAAAAUGAGCAGCCGGGACGGCCAGCAGAGGCUCCUCUGAAAUAUCCAGUGCUGGCGCCGUUGAUGCCGUUUCUCGAACCGUAUCUGUCGCGCAACCUGGUUUAUGACUUGCUUGAUCUGUACUUUACAAGUGCAUUCUCAACGGCUAUGCAUCCUGUCUGUCACCACAUACAUUGCUAUGUCGUCCGAAAAGCAGCUUUCCUCAGUCACGACAACCCACGAAAUACUAGUCCUGCGUUGCUGGCAAGUAUGCUUUGGGUGGCUGCACUUGACGAUCGGGCUUUUUCAUUGUCGAUCUCCCCACCAAAGCGGAAGAAGCUCUGUCAAUUCUUGUGCGCAUUGACCGUACGACUUCUGAGACCGUUAAUUCAUGUCUCGUUUAAAGAUGAUGAGGCUUUGCCUAUUAUUGAUCACCAAAAUAGCUUCUCUCUCGGUAGUCACGAUCGAACCCAUUCCUUUGAAGAAGGCGGAGAUGACCGAGGUUUGAUUGGACCGGCCGGAUCGUUGGAUGAUGUGAUUACAUACAUCCAUGUAGCUUCAAUUAUAUCAGCUAGCGAGCAAAAGGCAGCUAGCAUGCGAUGGUGGCAUGCAGCUUUCACAUUAGCAAGAGAACUACGACUAAAUCAAGAAAUUGAAGCUACGUCAAGUCUUAGCAGCCCAGUCGAUGGGUCCAAUCGGCCAUUCGAGUUUGCUGAGGGUACUGGCUAUGGAAUAAACCACAGCGGUGCUAAUGGAAACUAUUUUCAUCCCAGCGGCCGAGCGAGCUUGAAUUGUGUGUGUACGAGACAACAGCAACGGCCGAAUCUCAUGACAGAAGAACAUCUUCAACACCGGAACGGAAGCGUAAUUACAGAAGAGCACCGAGAGGAGCGUCGUCGAACGUGGUGGCUUCUAUACAUCAUGGACCGCCAUCUUGCACUUUGCUACAAUCGCCCAUUAGCCCUCCUAGAUGCGGAAUGCGAUGAGCUUCUUUUGCCUCUUGAGGAAGGACCCUGGCAGGCUGGCGAUGUGCAUAGCAACAGUUCCAAAGCCGCUGGACCGCAAUGCCUGGUAUCACCUGACACAAACAGACGGCGUUGUUUCCCGAACUUCUCAUGCAAUGACCACUCAGUCUUUGGCUUCUAUCUGCCAUUGAUGGCGAUCACAGGAGAAUUGAUUAACCUCAAUCAGGCCAAGAAUCAUCCCAUGCUCGGUACUCGUCUCCAAGUCAAGACUGCAUGGGACGUGCAAGCAAACGAAGUGUUGCGUCAACUAGACACGUACAAAGCGACAUUGCAGGCAUUUUCAACCCGUUAUUCCGCAGCAGCUCCUCCCCCUCCGCCAGCGGGACAACCCUCAUCAUCCACCAUACCACCAACCGGACAACCUAUGCAACCACUUACAUUAUCACCACCCAUUCUCAACGAGGCAGGAGGAAUCGACGACACCAACUAUAAAUCCUACCACUCAUGGCAUACGCAAACCGUCGUCGCAUACGCUUCUUACGUCGUCCACGUCCUCCACAUUUUGUUGAUGGGGAAAUGGGACCCCGUCUCCCUCCUGGAAGACAAGGACUUCUGGACCUCUUCGCCAACCUUUGCGUCUACAAUCUCUCACGCUCUCGAAGCCGCAAACGCGCUUGAGCGAAUCCUCCACUAUGACCCAGACGUCAGUUUCAUGCCGUAUUUCUUCGGCAUCCAACUCCUCCAGGGCAGCUUUUUGUUGUUGCUGAUCGUAGAACGACUCCAAAAGGAAGCCGGCGAGGGUAUUCUCAAGGCCUGCGAAGUCGUGAUAAGAGCAACGGAGUCGUGCGUCGUGACGCUCAACACGGAGUAUCAGCGCAAUUUCAGACAGGUGAUGCGUAGUGCUGUGGCGCAGGCGAGAGGAAGGCCGGUGAAUCAUAGUGAAAUUCGGCAUCGGCGAAAGGCGGUUUUGGCUUUGUAUCGGUGGACGAGGAACGGGACGGGUUUGGCUUUAUGA